UUCAUUACAUUAAAAUUAUAUAAUUACAAUCGAUUAAAAUUACAAUUGAAUAUACCCUCCUAAGCCGAAUGUCCAAGCCUCUUGGUCCUCUUCACUAAAGUCAGCGAGGGUUACCAAACAGAUUUUAAUCUUGCAAAGAAUAUGUGCUGAUUUGAUCACCAAUGGAAGCAAAGAGAGGUGAUCAAAGUCAAACCCCUUUGGCUCUGCUGCAUACAUUUCUUUCUAACACGGCUCAUUCAGAUGCACCCAUUGAUUUUUGCGAUCCCUUACUGCACAAGUUUCUCCACUCCAAAAAAACAAACAAUAAAACAUGUUAAUACGCCGCAUCUGUGUAACAACAACAUCCCUUGCUUUGAUCUUCACCCAUUGAUUAUUUUAAUUAACUUUUCUUUCUUUCUUUGUUUUUUGGGUUCAAAUUAUUUUUAUUAAUUAAUAUUCUAAGGUGAAGCGUGCGGCUUCUUUGUGACAUUGAUAGCUUUAAUAAUGCAUCUUCUUCUUAAUCAAAGCUGGCAAUUCUUGUGCUCUAAGAUAUGCCAGCUUAUUGGAUACCGUGUUCGAUCACCUGCUCCUGCUCUGCCCUUCUGGGUCUCUUGGCUAAGGCCUAAGGGUCUGAUUGUUUGCUUAGCAGAGAGUUUUCGAUUUCGCCAUUUCUCCUUUUCUAGAACCAAAUAAGUUUAUGCAGAUGUAUUAGCAGAAAGGAUCACCAUAAGUCAAAACUUAAACCACUUUAUAAUGUCUUUUGAAGAAAGGGUGGCACUUUUCAACUUUAAAACUAGCAAUCUCUGUGGGAAGAAAGAUUUAAAAAAAUGAAAUCAAUGAGAAUUAGGAUUGUUUAAUAGGGAGAGGUGUAAACGUGCCAAUUAAAAUUCAACUUAUUAUACUCUAGCCAGCUUUCAAUUCUUCUUCUGCUCUGUUUCUUAUGCAAUCUUCAUGAAUUUGAGGGAGGUUUGAAAAAUAUAAAAUGCCAAGUACAUAGAAUCUACAAUCUACAUCGAUAAAGCCGCACUUAUGAUUAGAACAACCACACAAGUCGAUGUGGGAGACUUUAAAAAUUAAUCCCACUUUCUUAUUUUAAGCAAUUAAGUCCUAAAAUCCUGCAUGAAUUUAGCAGCUGGAUUGAGCCACAAGUUUGCAGCUGAGUUCCCAUUCAUAAUUCAGAGCACAAAAGCAUAUAUAUCUUAGCUGUUCACGCGUCUAUUUUUAGUGCUUUAUAUUCCCCAAUUCUCAAUCUUCUCUCUCCCCUCAUAUCUACUUUGUGUGAAAGUGAGAGUUGGUUUUAAGAUUUGGUAACAUGGCUGUACAUAGUGAUCCUCAUGCAGCUGAGGUUGCAUCUGAAGCUAUUCUAGAGAACGUGUGGGCGAGCUUUAUCGGUGUGGAUGGAGUGAAAGAAGAAGCAAAAAAGACAACAGAGUUGUCUAAACCCUGGAAAGAACUGCCUCCUCUUGAUGGGAGAGAAGGGUCAAUGGAAAUUCUAGAAAGGCUACCAAGUCUAGGUAGGUGGAUAUCAAUGGGAACCGAGGCCUGGGAAGAGCUUCUUGAUAGUUGUGUUGUUCCUGGACACAAUAUGGAAGUGUCAAGCAAUGUCAAGUUAGAAGGCAAUGGGGCUACAAACUCAGAAUUUGAAGCAAAGGUUGAGAAGAGAAGGGAGAAAGUGGAAAUUAUGAAGCACUACCGCGGAGUUAGGAGGCGGCCAUGGGGUAAGUAUGCAGCAGAAAUUAGAGACUCAACAAGAAAAGGAGCUAGAGUUUGGCUUGGGACUUUUGAGACUGCAGAGGAGGCAGCUUUGGCUUAUGACAAGGCUGCUUUGAGAAUUAGAGGCUCAAAAGCCAUUCUCAACUUCCCUCCUGAAACAGUUGCAAAGGCUAUGGGUUUGGGUUGCUUCAACAUCUGCUCAUCCACAAAUGUUUCAAAUUCCCGGAAGAGAGCAUUGAGGGAGUGGGAAGAAAGUGUUGAGGCAAUGACUGAUGGAAAACCUGCAUUGAAAAGGAAGGCAAGCAUGCAAAACAUGUUGGGGGAUGAAUUUGAUGUGUUUGAGUUCCAAGACCUGGGAAGUGAUUAUUUGGACAGUUUGCUGUCUUCUUUUUGACAAAAAUCUUGUACAUGAAUGCUUCUGUCUCUAAACAUUCUUUGUAGUUGCUAGUCAAGGAGAUGCUGUAUAAGGUUUUUUUUCUUUCAAACUAGCCUUAGAGGAAGAGUUAGCAAAACAUCAUAUAAAUCACCAAAUUUCCCAUGUAUUUUGCAACAUUAAUCAACAAGAUGCUAAGUUAAGGUUGCAUGAUUUGUUCAGAUGGAGAGGGAGAUAAAAAGAAAAAAGUUGGAAAAUGAUAUAUCAGAAAAGAUUCUAAACAGAGACAUAAAGGUUUCCAUGUAAUAGUUCAAUUCAAUUAUUUGUCAUAUCUCUCUUUUAAAGAAGAGAUGCAUUGCCAAGUUCAAAUUGACCAUCUCUAUCUCAAGUCUUAUCUAUUUUCACAUGCUCAACCAUCUUUUCAUAAUUAAAAGGAAUAAAAUAAAGGAAAGCCACCCACUAUAAACCGACCUUAAUUUUUUAUAAUUACUUUUUUUUAGUCUCCUGUUCAAGGUCAACCCUACUAUACCUUCAACUUAUCUAAUUACUUUUUUUCCCCGUUUUUAAUAAGAAAUUUUUUAAAUGUAUUGUCAAGAUGGAGGUUUUGGGUUCAACUUCUAAUAGAAUAGAACAAAAGGAUUAAAAAAAUUUAAAAAAAACAACUAUGGGAUUAGGUAGGACUUAAUUAACCAAACUGGCAAUUAAUUGUAUAUCAAUUAAACACGUAAAAUAUAGGCAUUUUGCUAGUCUGGUCCCCCUAAUAAACAAGGCCAAAAAGUUUAUAUAUUGUAUACCCACCACCAACCAAAGAUUGGCCAGUUUGACAAGUAUACCAGGUAAAGAAUGACUGUCAAAUGUGAACAGGUUGAAGAUUGUUUGUGUUCCCAUUCUGUGGAACCAUAUGCUUAUUGGUUCUCAUCAAUUUCAUCUUUUUCUCAUGAAGUUAGUUUCCACAAACAGAUUGCCUUCAUUUCCAAAACCAGAAAAUAAAAGAUGGCAUUAGCACAAAAAUUCCAACUGAUUCAAUCUUUUAGGUCUUUCUUCUUCACCCAUAACUCUGCAUCUUUCUGGCCUUACUGGCCCUCUUAUUAAGUACAAUACAUACCAAUAAAAUUCACUUCUUGCAGCAGUACAUUUCUGUACCUCUUUUGUUCCUUUCGCAGUGAAUUAUAUUUGUGUGUUUGUGAGUGUUGGCAAAGCAACAAAGCAUUCACAAACAAUGCAAAACUAAUAUACACAGGCUAUGACAAGUAACUGGCUAAUUAGAAAAAGAAAAAGAAAACUUACACACUUUCCAACACAGCUUCAGCUCUGGAACUUACUAUAUGAAAUGAAAUUUAAUGUCCUAAUGCUUGGUAGACAGAAAU